CCGCCUGGGGGCCAGAGACGCCUGUGGUGCCACGAGGGUCGGACGCCGCUCCUCUAUCCUUCCUUCCUUCCUUGCCUCUCCCUCACACCACACCCGUCUCCCUACAUCUCCCUCCCAUCCCCCCGCCACCAUAUCCCACCACACCGGCCCAUGGUGUCUAGUGUUGUGUUGUUUUGUGUGUACUUACAGAGUCCUGUCACAGUUGACGAGGCGGCCAUCUGGAGUUGGUUGAUGCUUCUCUGAAAGUGUUUAAUGCCUCUAAGACUUGUAGACUAAACACAAAAUCUGAUCACAAGACAAUUAUAAAAUGCUCGCAAAGUUGAGCAAUAUCUAUCACACAUUGUCUAUCUUGUGAUAACAUGCAAAAUUUGUGUUCACUAGCACAGAGUGAAGUAACCGCGGUUUGACAGUGAAUGAGAACGGCUGGAGAAGCACUAUGAGAGUAGGAGGAGGCCUAGGAGGCCUAGGAGGCCUGGUCCUGGUGGUGAUAGUGACGACCUUCCCUUCAACCACAGCUGCUGACCCCAGCAAGAGGGAGGUCGACCUCACCUCCGUCCUCAGAGAGAUAACAGGUCAGCUGGAGCGGUUCAACGGACUAUAUAUCAACAAGCUGGAGAGGGAACUGUCCAGCAGCUCGGCCAAAAUAGCAGCCCUGGAGGCCACAGUGAGGAGCAUUGCUGACCGGGCCAGUACCUGGGACAACAUUCAGAACCAUAUGGCCGUCUGGACUGACCAAUCCAGGACCAUGGAGCGAAAACUGGAUAUUCUAAAUAGGUGUCACGAGAAGCAAGACUCCUGGGAGGUCAGACUUAACGCCGUCGACGCCCUCAACCACAAGCUGACGGCGUUAGACAAGAAAAUCAACGCCAUGACGCGCCUCGAGUUCAAGGUGGAGCAGGUGUCAGAGCGCGUUGAGGAGGUGGACUCAACAGUGAACUGGGUGAAGAAACAGAUGAACUCCCCAGAGCACCCGAUCAUCACAGAGUUCGCUGGCCGGGGCCUCCUCUCCUCCCUGGUACAGAUCGAGAACAAGCUCGACAACAUCACACACAGCCUGGCAAAUGCUGGGCCCUCCAGCAGCAGCAGCAGCAGCAGCAGCAGCAGCAGCGGCGGCGGCGGCAGCAAUAGAAGCAGCAGCAGUAGCAGUGGCGUCCCAGAAUACAACACAUAUAAGAGACCCAGACAGGUACACGGGUCGAGGUACCGGCAGGUGCGGCCCACUGUGGAGCCUGAGCCAGGAAUCACCUUCACUACUGGAUUUGAUGGAGAGCCAGGAGCGUGCCACCUACACCCUCAGGACUCCCGCAGGCUGCAGGAUGUUAGUGCCAAGGUGGACCUCGUCUUCGACCGACUCACUGACCCCGAUUACGACUACGACUAUUUCGUCAGCCACCUUCACCAGCGUCCUGCAGCCAUGACGGCUCCUAAUAAGGGCUACAGCCAUGGACUCAGUGGAGAAAAUGGAGGCAACGGAGAUGACGAUCCUUCACCUGAACACCUAUUCGCCAGGUUUUGGAAGAGCCUCUUUUCCCCCUUCAAGAAAAUGAAGAGACGGUUCCGCGUGUUUGAGAACCAGCUUGCUGCCGUGCAAAAGUCAUGUAAUGAGUCAACUAAUAUGGAGAGCUACAUAGCAGAAGUUGGCGGGGUGGUGCAGACGAAGCUCAGGCCACUGGACCAGGCACUGAGGGAGGAGAUGGAGAUAACCAGAGUUGCUAUCAAUGACCAGUCAGCAAGCAUUGAGAAAGUCUCACAGGCGGUGGGCAACACAGCAUAUGCAAGUGAGCAGCUGCUAGGUCAGAUGACCAACCAAUUUUUGGCUCUGCGCAACAUCAUCCAGGAGAGGUUCGAAGAAUCCAGGAACCUCAUCUUACAGCACUGUGCUGGUGGUGGUAGCAAAACAAGAGAUGGGGACUACACCCCAAAAGAGCCAGCUUAUUCUCCCAGGGAGGAUGAACCCUACACACCCAGGGAACCACCAGCACAACCCCCCACACCAGCACCCAGAACACCCCCCACACCAGCAGCCAGGACACCACAGUAUAUCCCAACGGCUCACCCGCUGCCCACCUCCUCCAGAAUAGAGAAUGUCAGAAAUCAAGUUGAGCUUCCAGAAGUUGAACCCGAAAUACACACGUUGCAAGGCGGAGAGGGCCACAGAUUUCGAACCCGUUACAGAUAUCGAUUUCAUGACCCACCUCAGAGCAAAAUUAUAAAAACCAACACCCACUCUGUAAAAAAGGAUUUAAACAGAAAGUCAACCCAGCCUAGGAGGGGUAAGAAAAAAGGCUCUCAUGUAUUCUACCAUAAGAAGUCAAGACGUAGAGGUCGCCCAAGGAUGGGUACCGAACGGCAGCAACAUGAUGGGUCGCGUGUAGGCCGAGCCAGACGAAGCAUUAUCAACCAAACAUCGACUGCCUCAGACCUCAGCAGAGGUGUAAGGGACUGUUCUGACCUGCUGACAGAAGGGGUCUCCCGUAGCACACUCUUCAACUUCAGCCCCGGCUCACUGCAUCAUGUUCACCAGGGGCAUGAUUACUACACCAGGUACUGUGACCUGGAGACAGGAGAUGGGGGGUGGACGGUGAUCCAGCGUCGAGGUAUGUUUGGACCUCCAUACCUGAACUUCACCCGAAACUGGCAACAAUACAAGGACGGAUUUGGGGAUAUUACUAGAGAGUUCUACUGGGGCAACGACAACAUCUACAGAUUGGUGAAAGACCAGGAGAUGAUGAUUCGCUUUGACCUCUGGGACUUCGAGGGCAGAUAUGCCUACGCUGAGUACCUCAGCUUCAGUAUUGGGGCUGAGGCCGACAACUACCGUCUCAACGUGUUUGGGUACCGUGGCAAUGCUUCUGACAGCUUUUCAGCACACAAUGGCUACCUAUUCUCAACCUUCGACAAAGACAAUGACGAGGCUCCAGAGUGCUGCCCCUGUGCUCCUGCAUAUGGUGGGGGUUGGUGGUUUUACAGUUGUUUUGAGAGUAACCUGAAUGGAGAGUACCACAUUGACCCUAAAGACAAUGACUACUACCGCGGCAUUAUUUGGGAGCUCUGGUUGGGCGACUACUCACUCAGAGCUACAGAAAUCAAACUCCGUCCUGUGUCAUCUGAUGAUGGCGGCCAGCCCUCAUACCCUACAUUGCCCCCCGAGCCACAGCCCACCCAACACAUUCCCGAGCUGCCACUCCGACAGCAAUAGUUCCUUCCACUAAUGGGGUAUCCUAUGGGAGAUGCCGCCACAUGGAUCCUCUUCUGCUUUUUUGUUGUGCUGCUCAUUUUGCACAAUUCUUAUGGGGCCUUCCCACAAGAAGGACCCAUGAAAAUGAAAUUCUCACUUUCCUUCCUGCUGCCUCACCUCUUAGGGAUCUCCUCACUUCAUGCCUCAUUUUUUAUGUACCUCAAUCCAAUUCAUGCUGCACACUACCAUCCCUGCUACACACUACUGUCCCUGUUGCACACUAUCCAUUCUCCAACUCAAAUUCAUCAUAUUCUUCACAUUAUCUCAAGUUAAACCAGCAUGCUUUUAAUCUUAAGCUUCAAUAUUUGUCACAUUACUUCUCCAAAUUUCUGUCUUAAAUCUUGGUAAAAACUUAUGUCAAUGUUUAUAUUUGCAUAUACGUACUGGGUAUACUGUAAUACAGUAUCUCUCUGUACACAUUAUGACAAACAUGUGUUAUUAGUCCCAUCUGCUCCUUCAGUUCUUUAUUCCAUACUGUAGUUAUUACUCCAUAAAACAGGUUUUCCGGUUAGUAAUUAUUACUGUCGUUUUUAAUCUGCGUGAUGCUAACCUCUCACUGCCUCUCAUUUUUUCAACAUUGUUAUUCGUUUAUAACAACAAUAAUAAUAAUAAUAAAAGUAAUAAUAAUAAAAUAAUAAUAAUGGAAAUGAGAAAAUCAUUAGGAACUGUGAUGAGGAUUUGAACCUAUGUGCUGGGUGUUCCCAGGCACACACUCGAGACAACUAAGCUAUGACAUGGUAUAGGGAAUGCAACCUGGAGUUCUUCUGAACACACGAAUGUUUCCCGAGGCUUCCACUGAAGCUGGACCAGAAUUUUCACACAAUCUCGCUAUGAACUCUGGCUAUUUAUCUAGAAAUGUUUUACCACUGAUGCUCCUCUUUCAAUACACAGUGACCGCAUGUGUUAGUGUGAGAAAAUCCGUAAAAUACUGAUUUUUCUCAUUGAUGUGGUCACGUUAGUGUGAUACUCUGUAUCACACUGUAUUGCUACUUUGCAAUACAGUACAUUUUUCCUUAUAACCAUUUAAUGAUCUAAAUGAUCCUUUGUCAUAGGCUCCUUUCCUAAACUGAUGGGUAUACAAUACAUCCAUGUAUUAUAAAGCACCACGUGCACACUCCACUUGUCUAUGAAUACAUGGGAUAACUUUAGAAAAACCUCACUAGGAUGAAAAGCUAAUUAUUUGCCCAUGAAUGUCGAGAACUGAGCCACCAGUGGUCGCCGGGUAGUGGGCCACCUAUGGCUCCCAGAUAAUGGGCCACACAUGACUGCUGAACAGUGGGCUACCAAUGGCUACUGAGUAGUGAGCCACUUGUGGCUUCUAGGUAGUGGGCCUCCUGUGGCUGCUGGUUAAUAAGCCCACCUGUAUCAGCCAGGUAGUGGGCCACCAGCUUAACUACUGACCCCACACAUCGGCCACACACCGCAGAACAUGCCGGGUGUUAAAUGUCAUAGGACCCCCCUCAUACACCAACAUGCCAUACAUUAAAUCUAAAUAUUUUCUGUUCAAAAUAAUUUUUAUAAGGCCCUCAAAAAUGAAAAACUUAAUAUAUAAGACUGUUUCUUUGUCUGUAAAUAUGAUGAACACUGUUUGGUGUUGUACUUAAUCCUUUAAUGAUAAUUAAGCUUAUUUAAUAUUCUGGAUCAUGCUGUUCUGUAGUUACUGAGAAUGUUUAAUUUAUGCACUCGGUAGCAUAAACAAUACUUCGUCACUGUUCUCUUAUCAGCGUUGAGGUCAGGUGUGUGGCACACCUGCUGAACCAGGUACAUGUUAAGGCCAGGUGUAUGGUAUCCCUGCUGGGCCAGGUAGAUGUUGAGGCUAGGUGUGUGGUAUCACUGCUGAGCCAGGCACAAUGUGGACAGGUGUGUGGCAUCCUUGCUAAGCCAAGGCCUUGCUAAGUACACAUUGAAUUUAGCUGAGGGACACUAUCUCUAGUGGCCUUGGCAGGAACAGCAAGCAAGCAAGCAGCUUGUCAAUGGCUACUGAGAGUUUUUACUAAUGGAAUUUUAAACUGAAAUAAUGUCUUGACAGUUAUGGCUUCAAUGGGUAGACAACUCCAUGGGUUAAUAAUCCUAUGGGUGAAAAAGCAUCUUUGUUUGCUGUCCUAUACUGUGGCUUGUUAAGCUUGAAACUGUUACCCCUUGUGAUACAGUGGACCUUUUAAAGAUGUGGUUUUGAUUAAUAUCCUCCAAUUUGUUCAGCAUUUUAAAGUUUCCAACGAGAUCAGCCCCGUCUUGUCUGGUUUACAGUGCUGUUGGUCCUGUGGCCCUCAACUGUUGCUGGCUUAAGAGUUGACUUUUUUCUGGGAUAAUUUUUAUUACCUGAAUUUACCAAAGGACCACUAACUUUCUAGUGGUCAGGAAGCCAAUGACUUGUCAAAAGAUUCUCUCAUUUGUCCUGAUGAUACUGUGCAUUUAACUUUUUCCAAAGCAGAUAUGUCAGUUUUUUUAGGUGGUCUUAAGGACUACUCUAUCCAAGUAUUAACAGGGUGUACCAGAGAUUUGCACAGCUGAAUUACCACUUUCUUUCCCUUAAUGUCAAAAGUUCAUUUGAUGAAGUUCCUCGCUGAGCAAGGUACACAUUAAGGCUGGGAUGCAGCCUUCCUACCAAGUCCAGUGUACAUAUUAGCCAGUGGUGUGGCACACCUGAUCAGAUAGAUGUAUGUUGAUGCUCCAGUGCACCACCCACACACCUGCUCUAUAAAAUUUAAUUUUCUAAUUAUUUAUUUUUGUAUACAUGUCUAGUAGUUAAUACAACUUUCAUAUUUGGUAACAAAUAAUUAUUUGCAUUUAAAUUUAUAGUUAAUUAUUAAGCUUGUUAUGCAUCAAAAUAAAUUACACAUGUUCUGUAUUCUAAAUAAUACUUAAUUCUGUAUACAGCAUUGCAUUUUUUUUUAGCAAGAUUAAAUAAAAAUGGCUUUUGUGUUUUUCUUUGUAAAAUUUGCAAAUACUGUAGUCUGUUUUCUUCCAUGCUAGAAUCAAAUAAAAAAUAUAUAUUAAAGGAGUAA